UCCCUCUUCUACUACAACAAGAACUGCAUUGACAUCGACAGCUACUGCGGCAUCGGUAACCUCACCAGCUACAACGAAACCUACUGCGAAGACUUGCUCACCGGCGAUAUCAAGAAGGCCGAGGGCGCCGUGCCCAGGAUCUCCGCCAGCGAGGAUUAUUUCAAGAACCGCAUGUUGGGCGUGACGGGCACCACUUGGGAAAACAUGGGCGACAUGCGCUGGGAGCUGGUGGGCUGCCUGGCGCUGGCGUGGGUGAUCGUGGGCGCGUGUCUGGCCAAGGGCGUGAAGAGCUCCGGAAAGGUCGUCUACUUCACCGCCUCUUUCCCCUACUUCGUGCUAGUCAUCCUCUUCAUCAGGGGCGUGACUCUCGAGGGCGCGUACAAGGGCGUAGAGUUCUACCUGCUGCGCCCCAACAUCUCCCGCCUGGGGGAGAUUGAGGUGUGGAACGACGCCGCCACGCAGAUCUUCUACUCGCUCGGGUCGUCCUUCGGAGGCCUCAUCACCCUCGCCUCCUACAACAAGUUCAAGAAUAAUUGCAUGAGAGACGCCAUCAUCAUCGCCUUCGCCAACUGCUCGACGUCCGUGUUCGCCGGCUUCGUCAUCUUCAGUAUUCUGGGCUUCCUGGCGACGGAGCUCGGCGUGGAGGUGCAGGACGUCGUGUCUUCGGGCUCCGGCCUGGCCUUCGUCGUGUACCCUGCCGCCGUGACGCGCAUGCCCGUGCCCCCCCUCUGGGCCAUCCUCUUCUUCGCCAUGUUGAUCACGCUCGGACUCGACUCGCAGUUCACGAUGGUGGAGACCCUGAGCACCGCCCUUUUCGAUCAGUUCGAGUCCCUGCGGUCGAGGAAGCCCCUGGUGGUGGGAAGCGUGUGCUUCGGCCUGUUCCUGGCGGGGCUGACGAUGUGCCUCCAGGGCGGCAUUUACAUGUUCGAGCUGUUCAACUGGUACUCGGCCGGCCUGUCCGUCAUCAUCCUGGCCAUUACGGAGAUCGUGGUGGUGCAGUACAUCUACGGUUUCAGAAAUUUCAUGAGAAACAUUCGUGAAGAAAUGAGCAUAUACAUCCCUCUGCCACUUUACGGAUACUGGGCGGCAACUUGGCUCUUUAUCACACCUGUGUCUCUUCUGGUCAUCUUCCUCAUGUCGAUUUACUACUUCGUACCCGCCUACUGGGGCGACUACACGUACCCAAACAACAUCCAGACCCUCGGCUGGUUCAUCUGCGUGUGUUCCAUCGCCUUCAUUCCUCUGGGCGCCAUCUACACCGUGUGGAAGGGCGACAAGAGGGGCAUGGACCUGGUCAAGGCGUCCCCCGACUUCUGCCCGUACCACAUUCGCCAGAUGAGGGAGUCGAAGGGCGCCGCCACCAAGGGACAUCCCGAGGGCAUCUUCAGGUACACCUACGACAACGAGGGAUACCAGGAAGGCGCGGCAAAGGUCUACCCAACAGUGCCAACAGAAGACGUACCUCCCCCAUAUUCCAACGGCAGCGGAUACUCCAAUCACAUGUAAAAGAAAACGUAUUUCUGAAGAGGGUAUACUUGUGAAAAUUUUAUCAUGGACCCCGAUGUCUUGUUCCCUUUACCUGCAAGGGCAAAUUUUUUUUAAAAUAUGGAAUCCGUUUGCUAUACCCCCAGGAUUGUACUUUUGCAUAUCAAAUAUAGUAAGCCAGUAUAUUUUUUCAAGUGAUAGUGGCGACAUACGUGUAGAAUUAAGUAUGUUCAUUGAAAGUAUUCUGGAAUGUUUGUAUGGUAUUGCACGCAUGUGAUUUUAAUAUAAUCAGUUUUAAUAAUCAUUUUCGUAAGUAAAAUUCGGAUUGAAUGUUAUGACUCUCAGGGCACUCAUGUGUGUUUUUUUCUGUAGGUUUUUUAGCUUCAUCUGACAGUGUGAUAUUUCAACAUCGUAUUUAUGCACAUUCUUAAUAAUAUUCAGAAAAUAUAUGCAUUCCAUAUUUUUUCCCAAAAAUAUUGAAUUUGAAAUGAACUUAUUAGGCUGUAACUAUUUCUUCCACUCGUACACUAUCCAGAAGAUAUAUAGAUAUAUUAUGUGUAUUAGUGUAUGAAAGUAAUCUGUGUAUAUUUAGAAUGUGUGCUUGUGUAUGUGUGUAUAUGUUCUUGAUCUAAGAAUUGUACACACAUGAAUGGACAAGUAUGUAUGUGUGAGAAAGAAUUUUAUCAAUACGCGUUGUUUGCAUAGCACAUAAGUAUAUUUUUAGAUUGCAUUAUAUAAACUAUGCAAUGUUAAGUGUCCCUUUAAAUGCCGUCCAGUGACUUCUUGUAUAGAUCCUUUUAGGUAUAUAUAUUUUUGACUGCCAAACCUGACAUCAGACUGUAUAAUACUAAAUAAAUUACAUAAGAAAUAUAAAAAACAGGUUUUCGGCGUCGCGGAUUUUUAUUUGUAUAAAAUGUACAAGUGGCUGAAUAAAUGCAACUACUUAAAA